ACAAUGGGAUCGACUUGGCAUGUUGGAUGUUACUUUGGAGAUGGGGAAGAAUUUGUUAGAGUCGGAACUUUCAAAGCUGCAACCAAAAUGGCAAUUGGUGUUACCUACAGCUUGGUUCCUCCUAUCUUGGCAUGCAUCUAUCGUGGACUUGGACAACUGACAAAAGUACCUAAAGCCAGAUAUGAAGCUUCUCUACCUAUGGUUCGGCAAUUUCGUGGGAUUUUGAAUGCAUACCAACCUUGGGAACCAGAGGUAGCAGAUUUUCGUGCAGUUUUACGAGGUAAUUUAUCCUCAAACGACUUUUGUUGGACUCCAGUGCCUUUACCAACCCACCUUGGACCUCGAGUUGAUGAUGGACAACGACGGGCUGACACUUUGGAUUUCAUGGUGAGCAUCAGAGCAGGUUAUGUGGUGCUUCGCCAAGAAGGCCGCUUCACAAAGAAGUCUUAUAAUCCUCACCGAUUUGCUAGACAGCAUGGAUUUCAACAAAGACUUCCAGGAAGACAUGUCAAAUUGCCUCAUGGUGGUGAAGUGUCAGAUCUUUAUUGCUUUUGGUUAUCUUUAACCCGAGUACAUAGCAACACAUUUCUUCAUAUCCCCUCAGUUGAAGGCGGAGUAGCAUCUAGGGUUGACCCAGCUUAUGUGAAGUGGUGGAAUGAAGAAGUUUUUCCUUCAAUUUCUGUAGUGAGCAUCCAAUUCUUGAAGGCUAGCGAGGCUAGAAAUUUCAUCCCAUCCUUAAUGAAGAGCACAAUAAUCAGACCUCAAGGGAAGGGGAAACAGCUUCAAGCACUAUUGUCUCCCUCACAAAAGCGAAAUAAUGCUGAUGACCCUAGUCCAUCUUCAAAGAAGCAGAAAUGCAACAGAAGUCCUCAAAGAGAGCCAGACUCUUUACAACAUUCACUUUCUACGCCUACUACCCAGCAAACCACCCGUCAAGCUUUGUAUGAAGAAAUAUUUAGCUCCCCAGAAUUAAGAGGACUGCCAGGAGAUGAAGAGAUGAUUGGUGCUUUAGAUGAUUUUCUUGAGACAGAUACUCUUGAGAUACUUGGAUCACUUCCAAGUCAAAUUGAUGGAGGAGUUCUAUCCUUAAAUGUUGAAGCACUCCAACUCUAUUUCCGCAUGGAUGUUGGACCUUUACUCAAGACGAUGGAUGCUUACCUAUUUAAGGUAAAUCUUUACUUAGCAAAACGAGAUGAGGUCUCCACCGGCUUGGAUGUUGAAGAAAGAGAUAAAUCUCUUGCUACCUUACAGAAGGGGAAAUCAUCAAAUCAAAUCGUCCAUGACUCUCUUUCAAAGGAAAUCAAUGAACUCGCCAAGAAAAAGGGAUCCUUAGAGAGUAAGAUUGAAAGUUUGAAGAAGGAGCUAGAAUCAGUUGAGCAGCAACAUAGUGAUGUGACUUCCACACUUGAUUUGCUCCUUGACAAGAGGCAGACAGCAGAAGAACAACUUCAGUCCAACCAAGCAAAAUCGAUAGAAUUGGAAAACUCCAAAGUUGUAGUUGUUGAGACAGUCGCUGAAGUGGAGAGGAUGCGAUAAGACCUUGAAAUUGAGCUUGAAGCCAUUGCAAAGGGAACUUGGUUUGAAAACAACAUGUGAUGUUGUUCAUUUUGUAUUCUUUCUCUUUUUUUAGACUUUGAGCAUUCCUUUUCAAAGACUUGUCAAAUUUUGGCUUUAGCCACUUUGUGAAUAAAUAAGAUGCAUUUUCUUCACUUUUGUUGUUCUCUUUGCUUUGCUUUCUUUGCUUGACAUAGACAUUUCUCCCUUUUUUGGACACUUGAAAUGAACCAUAAUCAAAAGCAAACUUAAAU